AUAGAUUCACUAUUGAAUUAGUUCAUCACUUCUCAAGUCUUAUUGAUCAUGGCUUACUCUUCUUCAUCUUCUUCUUGGCCAUUGUUUUUCUUUCUUCUAGUAUCAUCGCUGUGCAUGUUUGGCAUGAACAUUAGUACAACAACUGCUCAGUUAUCUCCAAGUUUCUAUUCGAGCAGUUGCCCUAAUGUUCUCUUUACCAUCCAAAAUGCAGUACUGACUGCAAUUUCAAAUGAACCCAGAAUGGGAGCUUCUUUAUUGCGUCUACAUUUUCAUGACUGUUUCGUUAAUGGCUGUGAUGCAUCUAUUCUAUUGGAUGACACAUCGAGUUUCACAGGAGAAAAGACAGCAUUUCCGAAUGCAAAUUCAGUGAGAGGAUAUGAUAUUAUUGACACCAUAAAAGCCCAAGUAGAGGCACUCUGCCCUAAAAUUGUUUCUUGUGCUGACAUCCUUGCUGUUGCAGCUCGUGAUUCUGUUGCCGCUUUGGGUGGGCGUCCAUGGAUUGUACAAUUAGGAAGAAGAGAUGCCAAGACUGCGAGUAAGAAUGAUGCAAAUACCAACCUACCUCCUGCUACUCUUAGUCUCAGCGGUUUGAUUACUUCCUUCUCCAACAAAGGUUUUACUACCAAAGAAAUGGUUAUUCUCUCUGGAUCUCAUUCUAUUGGCCAAGCAAGAUGCACAACUUUUCGAAGUCGAAUCCACAAUGAAACCAACAUAGAUGCACCUUUUGCUACAUUAAGGAAGACUAGUUGUCCUACAUCUGGAAAUGACAAUAAUCUUGCCCCACUUGACGCAACCCCAUUACUUUUCGAUAACACAUAUUAUAAGAAUUUGGUAAGCAAGAAAGGACUUCUUCAUUCAGACCAAGAACUCUUCAAUGGUGGUUCAACUGAUGCUCAAGUCACAGCUUACAGUAAUGACAACCCUACAUUCUUGACUGAUUUUGCUGUUGCCAUGGUGAAGAUGGGUAAUCUUAGCCCUCUAACAGGUAGUAAUGGCGAGAUUAGAACCAAUUGCAGGAAACUCAAUUAAGGAUUUUUGUAGUUCUGAUAAGUAAUUCUGUAUCAUUUAUCAUCAAAAUAAAGAGGAACUGUAUUCUCUUCGUCUCAUUGUAAGUUCAAUGGAUCAUAAAUAAGAUGAU